AAUACCUUUAAAAUGUUUAUUCCUAAGUACGCCAUGUAUUUUUCAACAGAUCUUUAAACAGUUUAAACGGAAACCGAAAGUAGUUUCAGGUCAUGUUUUAGUAGUUUCAGGUCAUGUUUUGAUAAAUAAUGAACAACCAGACUUCUGACACUUGAGAAACUUUAAUGGGUUGGAUCUUGAUAGCAGAAAAGUUCGGACCUACUCAGAGUUUAACCUACAGGAAAGAAAAUUAUGCGACAUGUGGAGGGAAUAAUCGGACUUUGUCUGUGGCAUUGUAUGAUAGCAGAAGCACUGAAGAAAUGUCCUCUCACUGUGGAGACCUGGAAUACAGCAUCCAUGGCGUUACAAUGUCAGCCUCCAAAUUACUACCACUGCAUCAGAGACGAAAACGGCCAGAUCACUCAGCAGUGUUUACAGCGAGUCUGGAUACAGCCAGACAUGUGUCCCGAGUUCAACGCUGAAGCCCAGCGGAUUGACGUAUACACCUGUAAGUCUGAUGUGGACAACUGCCCGACUGCGACAUUCUGGUCAAACGCCAUCUACGUCUAUCCCGGGUGUUUCUUCGAAGCUUCAUCUACAACUUCAGGACCUGCCAUGAGUGUUUCUCUGGACAGCAUGUUCCCCGAUACCUCUACUGAAGCACAGGAUCCAGAUGGCGCUACCGUCAUUGUCGUUCCCGUUAUUAUUGUCGGUGUACUGCUUAUCCUGGCUGCUAUUGCUGGAGUAGUAUGUUGGAGAAGAAAGCACAGAACAGAUUCGCCCGGUGAGGAAACAGGAAACAGAUUUGAGAGAGAUAUCGACACCCAACAAAAUGAAGCUGACAAGAUGUUAGAUUCGCCCACAACGCAAAGAAUUGAUAAUGUAGCUGAAGUUAAUCUACCUUUAUCUGAAACAUCUGUGAUGCGAGACGACUCUCCCAAAAACGAACGUUAUGACAAUUCUAUGAAACUUGAUGGACAGCUCAGGGAUUCGCCCACAACGCAAAGAAUUAAUAAUGUAGCUGAAGAAAAUCUACCUUUAUCCGAGACAUCUGUGAUGCGAGACGACUCUCCCAAAAACGAACGUUAUGACAAUUCUAUGAAACUUGAUGGACAGCUCAGGGAUUACGCUAACAGACUAGAAGGGCUGUAUACGGAUAUAAGAAUAUGCCUUCUUCUUUCACACACAAGUGUAAGUGAAACGAAAAUUGAAGAGGCAUCAGGGUUAAUGGGAGAGAAGAUCGUCAUAGAAAAUGAUUUCAAAAUGUGGGAGACGAACAAAUCGAGGUUGAUGUAUUUUUUCCGAAAUUGGGUAGAUAUAGAUCAAGAACACUGUGUUGAUGAAGUAAAGGGAACACUUAUCGAAGUUUUACAGGCGGUCAUAGAAAAGGGUACAAAAUUUGUCAUCAUUUUACCCUUAUCAAUUUGGCAUAAAGAUCAAAGAAUACAGGAAUUGAGAGACCUUCCUUGCUGUAAGAUACGAUACUGAAGAUUAAAGCGAUUCCGGGUGAUUUUAUGUGACUGAUUCUGCUCCGUCCAGUUGUAUUCUACAUAACCGGUGGUAAUCUACAGUGUCGAUGUUCUUGUUUUCUAUUCCCUCCCGAAGUAUCUCACACCUUCAGCGGUAAUUUACACCGUUCAACGUCCUACAUUCUACUCCGUUUAGUUGCAUUGUGCCAUACAUGUAACGCUACCCCGAUAGGAUAUAAACCAAUUUUACGUUAUUUAUCUAUGCAUGACGAUAUUUGUAAUUGGUUAUUUAUAUGACCAAACAUUGACGAUUUCUCUAUUGUGUUCGAGUUUAUCAUACUUCAUUAAUUUCUUUUCUUUCUUUCUCUUUUUUUUUUUUUUUUAAGAUAUCAACCAUUUGUAAGAUGCCUUUUAUGAUCUUUUGAAACCACAUUUUACAUAUUUUUACAUACAGUACGGCCAGCGCGGAUCCCGUAUUUUCCGCUCUCCCCCGCGGGAUAGAGCUACCGCGGUAUAUGUAUUGCUGGUAAUAUACGAAAACUUUUAUUUUCAAAAGAAGAGUUUCAAAUUAUUUUUUGAAUUUGGAUAUCUAAAGAUUUCUCGGAGAGUUUUUCACAUGGGUAAAUCCAGCUCACACGACAAUGAAUUAAUCUUAAAAGAUUUGAUACUGUUUCAAUAUGCACAAAUAUGGCACUGUUAAUGAUGAGAAAUAUCAACAAGAUAUAUGGAAGUGAAACGCAUUGUAUGAAACAUCUGUGGAAAUAUACAUGUAUUCUAUAUAUAUGCUCUCUUUCUAUAGGCAGCGAGGUGCAACUCUAGAUAUUGUGUCAUAUGUCUUCAUUUUUAAAAGGUAUUGAUUUUAUUGAAUGUAUGUUUUUCGUGUUUGUUGUACAUUCUUGAUGUAAUCAUAUUUACAAAUUAAAUGAAAUUAAUGUUUUAUAUGUACAUAUG